CUGGAAAGCUACACAGUUCUUCACCAGAGCUUUUGCUGUAUUCAUUUUUCUCAAUUUUGGUUUCCUUUUGUUUUUCAACUGAAUUUGUCUCCAACAUUUCCACAUAUGAACAAUAGUUGCUGAAUUUUACUUCCUGGUGACUCCUGCUCAUACUUCUGGGUAUGGAUGGAUAACUUCAUUAAAGACUCCACCGCAGUUUCCACUAAUCAAACCCGGACGCAAUGCAGCCUGGCCAUCCGGUAAUCAGUUCCAUCUCUCUUCAGAUCCAUCCCCAGGCCAAGAUUGCUUUUCUUAACAGUCCGCACCCAAUCCGCUUUGAUACCAUCCAGCCAAUCUUUGUCAAGGCCAUAAUCAAUCCUAAGCAGGGAAUGGAAGAGCCCCUUCAGCUGCAGACCCCCCAGCCCCCAAGGAGCUGCAGCUCACCUGGACCUGCAGGGAAAUCAUGCUGGAACUUGGACUUAAGGGUGGCAGUGCUUUUGGUGACUCUGGCAGGAGUCGUAAUCCUGCUGCUGCUGUACAAACUUUUACAGCUGAGACACAGGCUGGGAUUGGCCAGGGCAAGCCAUGGUUUGGAGUACAGCAGCUUCUACUACAGAGCCACUUAUACUCUUAAACCCUUCACAUCUGUUCAGGACGUGCCUGUGAAGAAUGGAACGGCCCCUGAAUAUACUCCUCCAAUUCAAACAGUAACUGCAGUAACGCCCGCUGUCAUUACCCCAGUACCACCGCCACCUGUGCCCCCUCAACCUAUACUCUCACUCCCUACUCCUGCACUGCCUCUUCCAGCUGUCCACCCAACACCAUCUCUCCCUCAAACACCGCGUGUGCUAUCACUCCCUCUCCCCCUGCCAGUAAUCAACACCACCCCGCCCAGCCCUCACCUGUCAUGGGGUGCAUGUUCAGAUGUAGAUGUUUACUCCCGGAUAGGAGCUUUCAGGCCCUCCAGGCUUUCCAGCCUCUCCAGCCAAUCAACGGUCAUCCUGUUUGAACACUCGUCUCUCUGAACUCAGACACAGAACAAGAUCGUCAAUAUGAGUUAAUACGUCAUAUUUUCUAUGAUUUAAAAUAAAAUGUAUGCUUCAGUGCUUUAAAUUGAUCAGUGCAACAAAAACAACCCUUAAUUUAGGUGGAAGCACUUUGUAACUGGCCUAUAAUCAGUUUCUUUCCUUCAGCAUUACAACUACUCUCUAAUCUUUUCUGAGCCAAAUAAAAAGAUAAAAUAAAGUGACUAAACACGGCAGUAAAUUUUGUAAAAAGAAAAACACAAACUAAAUAACCUGGUAUAGUUCAAAUAUCAAGGCUUAUUUUCUGCGCGUGUGUGUGUGUGUGUGUGUGAGUGUGUGUGUGUGUGUCAGGGUUUAAGACAGCUGCAUGACUCCAUGACUGCACAUAAUCAAUGUAUAAUUUAAAGAGAAUAUGCUUUGCUGCGCUGCCAAUUAUACUGGAAGACUGUCUCAACUGGCUGUGCGUUGACUUAGAAGGAUCUGAGCAUGAAUACAAAACAAUUUUUAAAAUGAAAGGUCUCACUGCGGAUGAAGCUCUGCACCUCCUCUGGCGGGGUUUGAGGAAACGAACCCUUGAGCCACCACAAAUCAUUUCAAGACACCACCAAGAAAAAGUUCACAUGGCCCUGCAGGUUGAGCGCUGAUACGAUCACGCCAGCGACAAGCCGACUGAUGUGGGGUCCCAGAGGAGUACCACGAGCUUUGGCCAUGUUUUGCAUGUUGUUUGGGUUGCAAAUAUAAGCAUUUACCUUAGCAAAGAACAUAAAAAAGCAUCAGUUUCAUAAAUAUUCAGAUAUUGGCUAAUUUAUCUUUUGCCUCUGAGUUUGUGCAUUUUAUAAUUUUUACUUCUCUUUAGACGCAAUAUACCAAAGCUGAAAAUUCACUAAACUGUUAUUAAGAAACUCAUGUGGUAGGAUUAAACAAAUCUCUUUAAGCACUUAAACAUCACCUAGUGAUUUCAAAUUAAGCUACUUUUUUACUUCACAUUAUUUGCUAACCCUUAUUCUUAUAUCUAUACAUAUAAGCUAAGCACAAAAAAUAAGUCUGGCGGCCUAUUUUUAUAUAUAUAUAUAUAUAUAUAUAUAUAUAUAUAUAUAUAUAUAUAUAUACUGUAUAUAUAUAUUGUGUGGCGGACACAAUUAUGGAUCUCGCACCCAUCAGGACUGUAGGGAAGGGGGCGUGGUCACAAGGCGUUUUAUGGUUGCUUAGCAACGCGUGUUCUGUUGAGUUGUCAGCUGUUAGUUGUCAACUGUCAGUUUCUGUGGCAGUUAGAUUCCGUUGUCUGGGAAUAAA